AUGGCAUCCUGGCUGAUGAAAAACGUGAAGGACGGUUCCCUCUUGAAGGGCGUAAAAGACGGUUCCCGGCGAUUGAAAGACGAAUUCGCUCGUUCGAUUGGAGGAGGAGCAGAUGACAGCGUCGAUCCAGUGCUUGAGUACCGCACGUUUAGAUUCAAUCGCUACAAUGAUCGGCUGGAAGACCUUUCCAAAGCAAUGACGCAAUAUAGCAACGCGAUGCGCACAUAUGCUCAGGCCACGUCUCAUUUGAUGCAUGCGUUUUCCGCUUUCUUUGAGUCACAGAUGCAGAAUGCGCAAGAUGCCGUGUCUUCAUGUGAAAAUGGUGACCAACUUUCGAAGAUUCAACCUUUAGCUCAAAGUUCUCUUCGUGUAGAGGAGAUUCAGCAGUCGCUAAAAGAAAACGUGUUUGAUGUGGCCCAAUCUCUCCAGUUCCAGGCAGUAAUGCAACCGAUGCAAGAAUUACGUUCUACAAAUGCCGCUCUGAAUCUGCAACUCCGAGCUCUGAAACAAAAGAUCAGCGACUAUGAUUCAGCCCAGCGCAACGCCGAAGCCCAGCGCAAAAGCCCGCCUGACUAUGAAAAAGCGCAGCAAAAGGUAGUGGCAGCGGCCGCUUCUCUUGCUUCAAUUGCACAAAGUGUCGAUGCAGAUUUAAGUGUGAUUGAGGCUCGACGAGACUCGACUCUGAAAAAUGAGCUGCUCACAGUCGUUGCCACUCAAGUAAACUUUGUUUGUAUGAUUUAUACGUCGUUUCUGACAUUGUCAUUUCCAACUUCACAGAUCUUUGUUCAUGCCCGCGCUAACGAACAUUUUCAGCAAUUAGUGCCACUUUUACCUGGCGUGGUCAAACCAUUAGUCCUGCUACUCGCUGAGUCUGCGCGUCGUCGCCAGCCUGUCAAUCCAAUUACGUCGGACAUAAUGGGCGUGAUUUCCUAUUGUGGUAAAUUUUCACGAGGCACGUUAAAUGAACCGCUCAACAGCCAUCGAGCCGCAUUCUUAGACGUUGCUGCUGUGCACCCGAUAACAAUCGGUCCUUUCAAGGAGAUGCACUUUGGAGAGAAACGCCACGAGAUGAAGCCAAUAAUGAACCGCUGGGUGUACCCGCUGGGCAAUCGCUUCUUCGCCAGCCACACCAAGCCUCGAGUGCAUAUGCCAGAGACUCCUAUGCUCAGCAACAAUGGCACACACCGCUUCGAGCGCAAGGGCUGGGAAUACUCAGCCUACAUGGGAAUGUUGGGUGGACCCAUUAUUCUCUACCUUGGUCUCAGCAAUGUCCCGGAAACGGACUCGGAGUUUUUUGCUAGAGAGGAGGUGCUGGCUAAGCGUGCAGCUCAACGAAGCCUGGGUACAACCGCUUCUGAAUAA